AUGACAAGUUUGACGACUCUUUCUUUGGCUGUCAACCAGCUUUCAGGAUCUGUUCCUCUAGAGAUCGGGAAGCUUGUCAGGCUUGAAGAACUUUACUUGGACGUUAACCAACUCACUGGCUCUGUUCCUACUUCGAUAGGGAACCUCAUUUCUCUUGUUUUUCUUGAACUCUCACAUAAUCAACUUACAGGCGUCAUCCCACAAAACCUUAGCCAUUGCUCCGAACUACAAUACAUUUACCUGGGAAAUAAUACACUUGAAGGAGAGAUUCCUAGUGAUAUCGGUUCUUUGUCAAAUCUGAAGCUUCUCGCACUCGGGGGCAACCACCUCAGAGGAAGCAUACCUCCAGAAAUUGGGAAUCUUGUCAGCCUAAGAGAACUUUAUUUGCAUGAAAACCAACUCACGGGCAAAAUCCCAUUGGAGAUUGGGAACCUUUCGAAUCUGACUAUUCUUCACAUGCCCUUCAAUAAGAUUUCGGGAUCUGUUCCUUCAGAGAUUGGGAACCUUGUCAGACUCGAACAACUUUACUUGGAUAGCAACCAAAUCACCGGCGUCAUUCCUGGCUCGAUAGGGAACUUGACUUCUCUUAUUUGGCUUCAACUCUCGUAUAAUCAACUUGUAGGAGACAUCCCACCCAACCUUAGUCACUGUUCAGAACUACAAUAUAUUUAUUUGGAGAAUAAUACACUUGAAGGAAAGAUUCCGAGCGAUAUUAAAUCGUUGACAAACUUGAAAGUUCUCUCCCUUGGGGACAAUCGUCUCACAGGAAGCAUUCCUUCGGAAAUUGGAAACCUUGUGAAUUUGAAUGAUCUCAGUUUGUAUAGCAACAAACUCACUGGAAUUAUACCAUCUGAGAUUGGAAACCUCGUGAAUCUAACUGUUCUCGAUUUACUGUCCAAUGGCUUUGUGGGCCCAGUUCCUGCAGCGAUCGGAAACCUCACUUCCCUCACUUAUCUUGGAGUGCAAUUCAACAAUCUUGGAGGGGUCAUCCCACCCUCCAUUUGGAACCUCUCCUCUCUCAGAAACUUAGAGCUCGAGAACAACAAUUUUACUGGGUCUAUUCCGCCGGAUAUGGGAAUCACUCUUCCCCUUCUUAAACGAAUACACAUCAACGACAACCAGUUUUACGGGCCUCUUCCAAUUUCACUGUCGAAUGCUACCAACCUCAUCGACAUUCAACUAUAUAAGAACAGAUUCACAGGCACCAUACCCAGAGGUUUGGGAUCCUUACAGAAGGUAUAUCACUUUGAUCUUCGUUAUAAUCAGCUAGAAGCAAGGAAUGCUGUCGAAUGGGGCUUCCUGGAUGAUUUAGCCAACUGUAGCAGUCUGAAGUACUUGCAAUUGACAAGCAACAAUCUCAGUGGCUUCUUGCCGCAAUCGAUAGGCAAUUUUUCUACAACCCUGGAAUGGAUUGAAAUCGACGACAACCACAUAUCUGGAAGCAUUCCUGCAGAGAUCGGCAACCUGGUUUCUUUGACCUUGGUUCGGAUGAACUCAAACCUUUUCACAGGUAAAAUCCCUGCAACAGUGGGAAACCUUUCAAAUUUACAUAUAAUGGACUUGAGUAGGAACUGCUUCACAGGAGAAAUCCCAGCAACCCUUGGCGAUCUAACUCGGCUAAUCGAACUCCGCCUGCAUUCCAAUGAACUGCAAGGUCCCUUACCUCCGAGUCUUGGAAACUGCCCUCUGAAACUCUUGGAUCUUUCAUUCAACCAGCUAAAUGGCACGGUACCCAAAGAAAUACUGUCCAUCCCCACCCUCACCAGGUUCCUUAAUGUUUCCUACAACUCACUGGCAGGAUCUCUGACUCCUCAAGUUGGAAACAUGAAAAAUAUUGGUCAAUUCGACAUCUCUGGAAACAGACUAUCAGGUACAAUUCCAAGAACCCUUGGUGACUGUCAACAACUCGAUAGUCUUGACAUGGCAGGGAAUUCAUUCCAGGGAUCAAUCCCUUCGUCAUUUAGCCAGCUGAAGGGGCUCCAAUCGCUGGAUCUUUCAAGAAACAACUUGUCCGGGCUCAUACCAGAAUUUCUUGGGAAUUUUCGUUUCUUGAGCUAUCUGAAUCUCUCAUUCAACAAUUUUGAGGGUGAGCUUCCAAAACAUGGUAUCUUCACGAACCUCACUGCGUUCUCCGUACUUGGAAAUAGUAAGCUUUGUGGGGGUGUGCAAGCUCUGAACCUGCCUCCCUGCCCCACUCCGUCAUCCAGUAAAAGACAUUUAUCCCGGAAGCUGGUAGCCGCGAUCUCAGUUGCCGGAGGAAUAAUAUGCCUAAUCUUUCUCCUCGCUUUGUUUGGCAUUCAUCGUUGGAUACGUAAGUCGAAGAAGGAGCCUCGUGCCGCAGACAACAGAAUGGUUCCACAUAUGAUGGUCACAUAUGCCGAGUUGCUAAGAGCUACAGAUGGUUUCUCUUCUGCUAAUCUCGUCGGCGUGGGAAGCUUUGGUUCUGUGUACAAAGGGUUACUCAAUUAUGAGGAAUACCAACUUGUUGCCGUCAAGGUACUCAACCUCCAACAGAGAGGAGCUUCAAGGAGCUUCGUUGCUGAAUGCGAAGCGCUGAGAAAUGUCCGGCAUCGGAACCUCGUCAAGAUUUUAACAGCUUGCACAAGCACAGAUUACCGGGGAAAUGAUUUCAAAGCUUUGCUUUAUGAGUUCAUGCCGAAUGGGAGCCUAGAGAAGUGGGUGCAUCCAGAAGCAAACGAGCAAGGUCAGACGCGGGCGUUAAGCCUCAUCAAAAGGUUAAAUAUAUUGAUCGAUGUGGCCUCCGCAUUAGAUUACCUCCACCACCAUGGACCAGAGCCGAUUGUCCACUGCGACAUAAAGCCAAGCAAUGUUCUUUUGGACCAUGACAUGGUAGCUCACGUUGGAGACUUUGGAUUGGCGAGGUUCCUCAACGGAAGCCCCACUGAAGCAUCUCAAAGAUCUUCUACCUCCAUGAACAUCAAGGGGUCCAUCGGUUACGUUGCACCAGAGUAUGGAGUGGCCAACAAAGUUUCAGUCGAAGGGGAUGUCUACAGUUAUGGGAUACUUCUACUCGAAACACUCACGGGGAAGAGGCCUACCGGUGAAGGUUUCAUGGACGGUCUCAGCCUUCCUCGAUAUGUGGAGAUGGCACUCCCGGAGCGGGUCUCCGAAAUCAUCGAUCCAAACCUGCACUUCGAGGAAGGUGAAGCUGCAAAUGGUCAAAUUCAAGGCACCGAUUACAUUCGAGACAAAGCAGUGGAGUGCGUGAACUUGUCGCUCAGGAUCGGCGUCAGGUGCGCCAAGGAAUCCCCACAAGAACGAAUGCAGAUGCGAGAUGUCAUCAGUGAAUUAACUGCAAUCAGGAACGGAUGGAUCCACCACUAG